UCAGACACACCAGAAGAGGGCACCAGAUCCCAUUACAGAUGGUUGUGAGCCACCAUGUGGUUGCUGGGAAUUGAACUCAGGACCUCUGGAAGAGCAGUCAGUGCUCUUAACCGCUGAACCAUCUCUCCAGUCCUGUGAUGAGAUUUUUAAAUGAAAUAGAAUUGUUGGAUGGAAAUAGUUAGGUUAACAAAGUGUUUGCCAUGUAGACGUGAGGACCGGAGUUUGAUUCCCCAGAAGCCUGGUAAAAAUCCAGCCAUAGAGCUCAUACUUGUGAUUCCAGUGCUGGGAGGCAGAAACAGGGGACAUAUGAGGUCACAGGAUGAUAGAUAAAACGGGCAAUCCCUCAACGAGGAGAGUCGGAAGUCCUCCGGAGCAGACACCCAGCCAGACUUCUUCCCGUCGUCAUGGACAGGGUGCCCUUCUGCUGCCUGCUCUUCGUAGGACUCCUGAAUCCACUCCUGUCUUUUCCCGUCACGGACACUGGUGAAAUGUCUCUUCAGCUUCCAGUGCUUGAGGAAAAUGCUCUUCGGGCUCUGGAGGAGCUGGAGAGGACUGCCCUCCUGCAGACGCUGCGCCAGACCGUGGGCACAGAAGCAGAGGGAAGCCUUGGCCAGGCAGAUCCCAGUGCCGAGACUCCCACUCCAAGGGGAAGCUUGAGGAAGGCUCUCACUGGGCAAGAUUCUAACACUGUACUGAGCCGUCUUUUGGCGAGAACCAGGAAACAACGUAAGCAACACGGGACUGCCCCAGAAUGCUUCUGGAAGUACUGCAUUUGAAGAGAGACGUCUCCUCAGAACCAUCACUUCAGGAAACUAAAGAGCAGAUGCUUGAAGAAAAAUCGUGCCAACAACGCCCCGUUCUCCACUAUGAGAAAUAAACCCUCUAUGUUUCUCAAGUAUCA